AUGCUCGAAGAGACGAAAAACUGGGCCACAAAAAAUAACAUCACAGAAAUGCUCCUGGAAAACGUCAAAACCUCCCAGCUGGAUUUUCCGCACUACAAGAGAGUAGGAGACUACCUCCUGGGAGAAAAACUUGGAGAAGGCAGCUUUGCGAAAGUGAGGGUUGGACUACAUGUGCUUUCUGGAGAAAAGGUCGCCGUGAAAAUCAUCAAUAAAGAAAAAGCGCGGAAAGACCCGUAUGUCUUCAAAAAUCUGCGGCGCGAAGGACGCCUCCUCCAGAGGGCUCAUCACAGACACGUCAUUACUAUCCUCGACACUUUGGAAACGGAGAACAACUACUAUUUAAUCACCGAGCUCGUCUCCGGCGGAGAAAUGAUCGACAUGGUAGAAGGCUCCCGCGGUCUUCCCGAGCACCAAGUCCGCCGGUACAUCAUUCAAGUCCUCGUCGCCCUUCAGCAUCUCCAUACUCAUGGCCUGGUUCACCGAGAUCUCAAGGUCGAAAAUCUGCUCUUGGACGAGCGUGGGAACAUCAAGAUCAUCGACUUCGGCCUGUCGAAUUUUAUGCCUGGCCAUGGUGAGAAUCAAAACUCAUCAAAAGAGGGACUUACAACACAAUGUGGUUCACCUGCAUAUGCGGCACCGGAACUGCUGGCGAAGAAGGUCUAUGGUCCAAAAGUCGACGUUUGGUCCGCCGGGAUCGUCGCGUACGCCCUUCUGACCGGGCGGUUGCCCUUCACCGUCGAGCCAUUUAAAAUCUCCUCGCUCUAUAAAAAGAUGGUCGCUGGUGAAAUGAACCACCUGCCAACUACGAUUUCGAAGAAUUGCAGAGAGUUUAUUUCUAAGAUUCUCGCGGCUAAUCCAGACAAGAGGCCUACUGUUGAUGAAGCGCUCAGUCAUAAAUGGCUCAAAGAAGCGACUGACUACAGCCAACUUGUCGCCACCAAUACGAAUCUCUCCGCCGAAGAAGACGAAAGAGUUCUCAACUCCGAUGUGAUCAAAACCCUUACUUCCUCCCUCGGCUUCAACUUUUCCGAAGUCAUCACUUCCGUCCAAAAGCAUCGUCCAAGCCGCGCUUUCGCCGCAUAUGAGCUCUUGACCCGCAAAGCAGAGCGCACCGCCACCAAGUCGAAUGUUGUCUCCCUCAGAGACGUUCGGAACGAAAUGGAGCGAAACAGAACGAAGCCAAAACCGAGUCAAAACGAGAGUGACUCUGGCUUUGAAAAUAAAUCGUCGUCGAGUGAAACUGAUGUGGCGAAUAAGAAACAAACGAAGAAACAGCCGAAGACGGAGAUUUCGUUGGAUGUGACGGAUCUAGAAUCGACAAAUAAGAAGCAAGCGACAGAGACUUUCGUGAAACAGGCUCCUGUUAAAGCAGUUUUACCCUUAAGACCGCUGAACAGCAAGCCAAUCAGAUAUCAGCCCGGCCCGCCCUCGCAGCGCCCUCCCCUCCCUACAGCUAAUCAAAAAGCUGGCUUCCGUCUUCCAAGAAUCGACGGCUCUCUGGAACGUGUGCCCAAAGCACCGACCGGUGGAAACCGACUGAUAAGUAGCAUCGAUGUCGAGCAUCGAAUGUCCCACUACGACGAUGUCGUCCGCCCGUCCAACCGCGUCAACGGAUGCAUGCCCCGCCACCAUUUCGGGAGGAACCCAGUCAGAAAAUCAAACACCCUCGAUCGAAACUACAAAAACGCUUCUUCUCAAAAUAGCAAUAAUCACAAUAACCAGUCUACGAAUAACAAUGUCAAAAAGAAUUUAUUACAGACAUACAAAAAGUUAAACUUCCCCUUCUCAUCCGGCAAUUCAACCCUUCCAUCCCUUUUUGGCUCUUCCAGCAAUGACCGGCGAACGCGGGUUAACCCCCUAACAGCGCCAAAGCACUAA